AUGGGCAUUGAUCCUGCACUCUUCGAGGACCCAAACGUAGAAGAUGAAGAUUAUGACGAAGAUGGAGUUAUGAGUAUUGAGGCUCAUGCCAAGGCUCUGCAACCUGCCGACAUGGACCACAAGGCCGUUGAUGCCGCCAUGCGAUUGGCGUCAGGGCUGCACGUCGAAGACGAUGUUGAAGUGGAAAUAACCGAAGACGACCUCAACGACCCAUCUCUCUUAGCCGAGCUGGAGGACCUUGACGAAGACAAGCCACGAAGCGAGCAAGCUCACUGCAGAGACGCAGAAGUGCCUCAGCUUGAAGAGGGCCGGCCGUACCGAAGAGGUAAGUCUCUGGCGCCACGUCUUGCGCCCAACAGAUGGCACAGCUUGUCUCAGCGCGGUAGCAAUACUGAUCGGCUCUUACAGGCACAGGAAGUGCUGCUUACCGUGAGGGACCUGCAGGCGCGUGUUGCCAAGCUCAAGGAAGCGGGCGGCAACGACGGUAAUGAUCUUGUUCGCCUGGAAGCCGAGGCUUCAGGAAAACCAACCAGACGGCACUGGGCGCUGCUCCAGCCGCUGUCCCACCUGCCGCCGCGCCACCGAGAACACCCAGUGCGCCGUCGCAGCGUCAGGCAACGCCCGUAG